AUGAAAAUGGGGAAGAAGAUGAUCAGAAGUCAUAUGAGAGAUUUCAGAAACAUGUGUGCUCUGCUCAAUCUGUUUCAUCAGCCAGGCUGUGGUGGUACGACCUUAGCAAUGCAUGUGAUGUGGGAUCUCCGUCAAGAGUUCAGAUGUGCUGUGCUGAAAGACAACACACUGCCAAAGAUGGAGGUUGCCAUUCAAGUCGGAAGGCUCAUGAAACUUGAAAGUGAGAAACCGUCUCCAGUUUUACUGUUAGUUGAUGAUUCAAAAGAAACUGAGAAUCCUCACGAUCUUGUGAACUGCAUACAUAAAGCUGCGGUAGAGGAUAACCCAAACCUAAAUGUGGAUGAUGCCUCAAACUGCAAAGUCAUCAUCCUUAACUGUGUUCGUUCCCAUAGCCCAAAGGAUCAAUACAGAAAGCUCAAUACAACACAAAGUCAAUACAUAGAAGCUUCAUUGACACGAGAAGAACAAGAGGAGUUCGAAAAGAAACUCAAAGAGCUCAAAGAAACUCAUGAAAAACCUGAAAACUUUUACAGUUUCAUGAUCAUGAAGAGUAAUUUUGAUGAAGAAUACAUCAAAAAAAUUGCUCGUAACACACUGGAGAACUUUGAUUUCAGCUCAAAGAAGGCCAAACUGUUUGCCUUUCUGGCCUUACUUAACACCCAUGUAGCAGAAUCUGAGAUCUCUCUCUCACUCUGUGAAGACUUUUUAGGAAUGAAAAUGAUUCACUGGCAAGAGGACAGUGUGUUGGACAGAAUGAAGCCAUAUUCAAACUUUCUCAUCAUAGACACAGUUGAAGAAUUAGGAGGAUACAAAGGAAUCAGAAUCCUUCAUCAAUCCAUAGCAUCUGCAUGUCUGGAAGAGUUGGAGGAAAGGUACAACUUGAAAGUAAGUGAUAUCACUAUGGAGAUUCUUCACUGUGAUCUGUUCUUCAGAGUUGGAGUUGUCAAGGACAGAUUCAUGCUCUCAAUUCAACGAAUGUUGAUUGAAAGGCAGCGCAGGAAAGAUGGAGAUGGGAGAGAACUCUUCUCUCCUCUCAUAGUUGAAAUCCACAACCAGCAAGGGAGACAAACUGUCCAAGAAAUCUUUGUGAAAGCAUCAUCCAGGUUUGUGACAAGUGCAUCUAUUCCUCAGGCACUGGCAAGAUACCUGUACAUCAAUGAGGGUGACUUCCCAGAGGCUCUAAAAUGGGCUGAACAAGCCAAGAACAUUAAAGAAAAUCCAUACACAUAUGACACAAUUGGGCAGAUUCACAAAAGCAAUUUAAAAUUUAACAACCCCAAAGAAAAGCAGGAGACAUCCCGCAAUCCAGAAGAUUUGAAGACAAACAUUAAAAUAGCAGAUAAUGCUAUCGCAGUAUUUAGAAAGGCUCAAGAGCUGGCAAAAACAGAGGAUGAGCUUGAGAAGGAAGCUGCUGAUGAUGAGUCGGAUGACUAUCCCAGAAAGUCAUACAAUGUUUACGGCUAUGUGAAUGUGCUGGAAAUUGUUUUCCUGGUCUUUGAGAUAUUGAGCAGAUUGCCGUUCUUUGAAGAAAGUGAUCCAAUGAAGAAGAAGUACUUGCAGAGUUUUCUGCAAAAAGCAAUCCCGAUCACAAGUGUGUAUAAGGAAGACAAUGAGAUCAACAACAGGUACGUGGAGAUCCUCAGAGAACAUGAACAUUUUCUUCUCAGUUUGAAAACUGAAGCGAAAGAAACCUUUGAAAUUCUUGACUGUUACUUCACAUAUAUAAAAGCAAACAAUUCUGAAUUUGAUUCAAAGAAUCGUUGGACUGUCUGUGGUCUUUUCAAAAAGUAUGUAAAUCUGUUUUGUACUGCACCAGAGGAAAUUAAAAAAGAAAGACAAAACAAUCCUAAUCUCAAUUUGAAAAUUGAUAUUGAAGAACAAAGAUUGUUUCUUGAGAAGAACCAAGCAGAUACAUUCACAGGGAUUCUUCAGCAUUUGGACAAACCUGCUGAAGACAUUGAGAAGAUCACUGAGUGCUAUGCAUUCUUGCAACAACAACAACAAUUUAUCAACAAAAAACAAAAGACAAAGGAAACAGUAAAUUACAUUUUGUCAAACAUAGUUUUUUAUCUUCUGAAACCAAAAUGUAAACAUGUGAAGAGUCACAGUGACCUUUCUGCUCUACUUUUGAAAACUCUGCAAGAUGUAGGACUUAGCUAUCCCUUCCCAGAUCCAUACUACCUGGCUCUGCUGUUAUUCUGGCCAAGUCCUACUCAGAAAAACACAGAAAUUGGGGAAUAUGUGAGAGCAAUCCGAAACUCCUCUCACAAGCGCCUGACUUCAUUGUUCAGAAACAGGAGCACUGUUGCCCACCUCUACUUGGGGAAAGCAGAAGGACUCAAGAGGCUUGUUUCCAAACAACAACUUGAUGAGAAUUUUAAAAAGAUGCAGCGCAACACCUUGGCACAACUUUGGCGGAAUGGAGACAUAUUUAAAGACAAAGCAAUUAUCAAUCGCCUCCAUCGAGUCAGUGGAACCGUUGAGCAAGGAGAGGUGUUUGCCAAUUAUGGAACAAUUAAAAUCCCUGUGCGUCCAGCUCUCAUUGCUGGUAUAAGAAGUGGUUUCAGCACAGAAAAGGUGUCUUUCUACCUUGGUUUUGCCAUUAAUGGACCACUUGCUUAUGAUAUCCAGUAUGAAAACUAGGAGAGUAAAUUAAACAAGUCCAAUACAAGCACUGACAUGUGAACUGUACAGAGUGAAAACUAGGUGUGGCAGCCACUGACUCACUGUGGAAUUUGAAACACCUCAUAAAAACACAAGUGAAUGAUGAAGCAAAUUAAGUCAAAUUGCAGGCAUCAAUCUAGCUGUAUGUGUAUUUUAAUAUAUUUGUAUUUUAAUAGAAUUUCAUCAUUUAGAAACAUUUGUUAUCUACUUUCUGAGAGGUUUUUGCUUUUGUCUCUACAGAGUGACAACAAGGUGUGGCGGCCAGUAACCAUACUAGCCAUAAAACCCCAUGAGCAAAUGAUAAAACAGAUUGCAAUAAUAAAUGGUAAAUCAUGUAGUACUAGCUGUAUGUGUAUGUUUUUAUAUAUUUUUUAAUGUCUUUAAUCUUUUAGAAACAUUUGUUAUCUACUUUCUGAGACGUUUUUGUUUUCUGUUGCAGAUGUGGCACAUUCACCAAGUGUGCAAGUGCAAAUAUAAUACAUAGUUAAGAGUGCAACACAGGCACAUGAGACAUGACAUAAUAACUAAGACAGACUUCAGGGUAAACUAUUGAUCCUGUAGCUCUAGCUGUGUAUGUUUUUAUUUUGUGUAAUUUCAUCUUUUACAAACAUUUGUUUUACACUUUUGUUGUUUUAUUUUUGUUGCCGUUUGUUCACCAGAUUGAGACUGACCAAACUGCCUCAUAGGUAUUUAGCCCUGGAGCUCAUAAAUACCAGUUUACAUUUUAUUAUUUUACUUUUUUGAACAAAUAAGAAUAAAGGUAAAAAGUGGGAUAAUGAUCUGCUGUUGUUGUGUGAGAAAUGUGAUUUAUUGUUGUUGACAUCAAAUUUUUAAUAACUACAAUCUUAUUUCAGUAAUUACUGAACUGAAGUUAAUGGUUUGUAAGCUCUGAGAAUAUGUGUAAUCAUGAAAUAUGUAAUAAAAAAAUGAAAUCUUGUGCA